GGUAAUAUUACAAUCGCUAGAGAAACGUGUGUUCAUUGUUGACCGCAGAUAAGGCUUAAUGACUGUACAGCACGCAGGCAGCCAAGCGUUCAGGACAUCAUCUCACCACACUGGCUGGAACUGGUCUAGGGUGAUAGACGCCCUUGUUAUUAAUAGUUUCUCAAAGAUCAUGAAGUUACAAUAUAUAACAAGGACAUAGACGAUGUUGUUUUUAAGUGGUGACAGGACGAGGGUGAGCGUCACGUGACAUGAGGGACAUAUUAACUCCCGAACAAACAACUGCACCUUGAACUCUCCGUAGCACCAACCACGUGGUAGUUCUUAAUUAUCAUAAGGACAGCGAAGAAGACUUUGACUGAUUUCUCCAAUCUACCAAGAUUCACUUUGUAUUGACUCCAUGUACUUUUCUAAAAAGAUGUUUAAACGUGGACCAUAGAACGGGCGUUGUUUCUGUAUGGUGCAUUAUUCAACCGGAGACAUCCUUUAUACUUAAAUGUCAGGCAAGUGUACAUUGAUGCGACUGUUCAACUUGUACAGAAGUUUUUUUUUGUAGUUAGAAUUGGGCUCUUAAAUAUUCAGCCGAAUUGUUUUGGAAGGAGCAGUCGUUAAAUAUCUUCUUUAGUUUAGAGAUAAAAUUAAAGCGCUCUUUUGGCAUAAUUUCGACAUCUUCUGCAUGGACACGUUGGACAGGGUUCAUGUGCAUCAACUAUGCCACACAUGGGUAUUUAGAAGCAUACAAGGUGCACGUAGUUGUUGAACUUGCCAAUCUCCAUUAAUGAUAUAUGACGGAAACGGCUUUGAUAUUUGAAAUGCAAAGUACGAGAACUUUAUGAGACAACAUUCACAACAUUCUCCUAAUGUUGUCAUAGAUACACUUAUUUGCAAAGUUUCACAGGGUUUUUAAGCAAUAUAAUACAGAAGACUGGAUAUGCCAGUUGUAAAUGAACCCUAUGCUAAAUAAUUGCCCCUAUUCAAAGGAUCAUCAACAAGUGGUACUUAUGCUGCAAGCUUUAAUGACUUUGAAGAAAUAACUUUCCCUAUUUUAAUGUGACACUAUAAACGUGCGAGGCAUGGAUAAAGAGUUGAAGAACGGGUUUCACAGUAUAGACAGAGAACGUUUUAGUAAUUAUGUCAAAAGAUUCCGGGUCGAGGUCAGGGGCUGUCUUCCAGACCCCAAAUCACACCUUAGGACCCUGAAAAUAGUGGAGACAUCAAAGGUGGUGGACGAUUUCGAAAUCGAUUUUGACGAAUACGGAUAUCGGCUACAUCGGCCCGGAGAUUUGGUCUCAGGUCUCGUGCAACUUCAGUUGAGGUCCCCGUACGAUUGUCACGUGGAGGUGAAGGUCAUUGGUGAAUACGUCAUAUUGGACAAGCUUGGCUCGGACACCACGGGGAAAAGAUUUGAUAUGUAUGCGGAGGGGGAAGAAAUAUUUUCAGCAGGAAUAGAACUGGGGCAAAUUAUAUCAGACACGCCUGUUCCCUUUAAAUUCCAACUUCCCAGUGGCAUUCCUGGUUCCAUGUCCUAUGUCACGACCAGUGGGGCUCGCCGAGUUAUGAUCACCUAUUUUGCGGUAGGGAUCAUAUAUGACGACGUUGGAAGAAAAGUGUCAGAAUCUGAGAGGUCAUAUUUCUUAGUUCAGCGUCUCCUUAACCGGGACGCCUUAGAAACAGCCAAUAUAACCACAACGCACACACAAAAAAAGUCGUUCGGGCUCGCCUGUACAGGCAGUUCCAUGUCAUGCGCAGUAAGGGCAGGAAGAGUGGCCACUAGAGAGGACGUUACCUUCUCUCCUGAACUGGACAAUAAUAGCUGCUAUAGUGUGAAUGCUAUCAUGUGUAAGUUGUAUCAGAUGGUGACAUUCAAGCAUAAGGACCAGGUCAAGGUCGCGGAGAAGGUCAACAAGGCGACUUUUAAGCUUCGGCUAGAUUGUGGUCCAGGAAAGAAAUUUGGCGGGAACUCACAAUAUUGGUUUAAUUUUCACAGAGCUCUGGAACCGUCACUACUGAAGUCAGACCCUGGGUCACAGUACGUGGAGAUUACAUACCUCCUAGAGUGCAGGUUCCAGACAGGCCUUGGCCAGCCUAAAGGACCGAAAGUUUCGGUUCCUGUUAUUGUCGGGUCCACCACUUGGAGACCACACCAGUCCUCCCGGUCGUCCAUCCUCCAGCCAGAGGAACAGCUGCCCUUCCAUAUCAAAUCCAACGGCGAGGGGGUGGUCAACGGGGUCAAGAUGUUGUACCAAUAUUUGAGAUUUGCUGAUCCCCGGCCACAACAUCCAGAAGAUAUCUCCACAGGGGGUCCGCGAGAGUUUAAGAUUCCCACGGCAGUGCCUACUGAACACGUGUUACCACCACUGGCUCCGAACAGGGCGUACUUGGACAACUUAGCGACAUUCACCUUGGCCAGUAACAAUCCUGGUUGGUCUGAUGUCACCAAACUGCUGCUGAUGUCACCAAACUGGUCCUACGUCACUGAGGUCUGAUGCCACCAAACUGCUUCUGAUGUCACCAAACUGGUCCUACGUCACUGAGGUCUGAUGUCACCAAACUACUUGGGAUGUCACCAAACUGGUCCUAUGUCAUUGAGGUCUGAUGUCACCAUGAAAAUAGGAUUUUUUAAAUCUAUUUUUCAAAAGAAAUACUAGGUACUUAGUGCCCGAAGUACAAGACCCACCAUUUCUCCUUUCAAUAUAGAAUUUAGAAAAACUUAUUUCAUCAUCCUCUUCAAAUAUAUUGACAUUCAGUUUGGAUGUCUUACGUUUGUGGAGCAAAGGACGUUAUUUGCCAUUCUAACCGAAAUCUCUGACUUUGUAUAAAUAUUAUUUAUCAUUUGGAUAAGAAUUUUGCAUUGAUUUCUUAAGUGUAUACUUGUACCAAUAGGUACUUGGUAUAUCUGAAAACUUGAAAAGUUGCCAGAGGGCAAGUACACAGGACUUUAGUGCAAAACUACAUGAAAAUGUAGGGUGUUUUGGUUGCGGAUAAGGUGCAUUCUAGGUUAUAAUAUUGUUGUUUGUUUAAACGAGUUUUAUAGAUUAUCAGUACAUAUACCGAUAAAUAACACCGUACAUCUGUAAUGUAUUCAUGUAACAUUUCUUUCAUCUUCUCUUUUAAUUGCCGUUUGGAUGGUAUUUUAUCUUUGGGUGUUUUUUACUUUAUAAUCAACUGUUGGAGGAAGUGUUUAAGACGUCUUAGCUUAAUGACACAAGUACAUACAGGAAUGAAUAUAUGGAUGUAAGAAUAUACGGGACAAUUUGAUCUCAUAAGAAUGAGACACAAGCAUUUGAACCUCUAUGCAAUGUGUUCUGUUUUCAGACCAUUUAUCCACUGUAUGUCCAUAGAGUGAGCGGUUGGGGAGUGGUCAUAUAUCCACUUUAUGUCCAUAGAGUGAGCGGUUGGGGAGUGGUCAUAUAUC